AUGGAUAAUGGCCAGGGAAGUACUAAUAUGCAAGCACUACAAGCCCAUCAGCGUCCCAUGGGUGUGCAGCAAGCUUACACUCAAUUUCCGCACUCAUACAGCCCACAAACACCCCAUUCUGCACAAUCACCAGGCGCUCUCCAGUGGCAUGCGCAACCCCACCCGCCUGCUCCGUCUUAUCAAGCGACUCAACAAAGUCUAUAUCAGCAACGAAACAUACCGUAUCAGUCCCAGCUUCAAAGUGCCCCACCCACCCCUUGGGCCGGACCUCAUAAUGGACCAACGACGCAACAGCAAGCGUCACCAACAACAUCACAAUAUGGUCCUAUAAUGCAUGCUUCAGGAUCAGCGUCAGCACCCCCGUUAUCAUUGUCACAGGACGAUCAAUGCGCUCUCUCCGAAUCUCACGCUUUCAAUAAUGAAGAAACUCAACUUAGCAUCGAAAUUCCAGACGAUGAUGAGGAAGAGGACCUGAAUUCUCUGGACGUUCCAGAUCUCCCUCAAGCUAUCAGACUCUUUGGUCAAGCCAUUUUAAAGCCCGUUAGCAGACCUUUACCUGCAAAUUUCAUUGUCGCUGAUGCCAUAUAUCCAAUGGCACCUCCGCCCCCGGAAGCUGACGGCAGAUGCUUCUCAAAGUAUUCCGAAGACCUCAAUGAAGCACGUUCGUUAGAGGAGAUGAGAAAUCUAGCUUGUUGGAAAGACCGCCAAGGAGAUACGAUAUUUCAAGAAAUACUUAGCAACGACAACAUCACUCUGCUUGAUGAUUGUCUCAACAAAGUGAGAGGCAGCCAGAAAAUUCUUACUGACGAUGAUGUGCACAGAAAGUCUAGGAGUGAAUCUCGGAGCGUUGCUCCGAGAUCCGCAGAGGCUGCAGAAAUGGCUGAAAGUUUGGAGACUCUGGAACGUGCCUUGGCCGAAGCAAAGGCUAAGCAAGCUGAAAUGAUACGAAACCGACAGAAAGCAAAGCUCAGACGACAUAGCGAAAAUCGACAACCCGUAGAUGAACAAAUAGGAGAUUCCGACACAAAGGUCGAACAGCAGUCACCAUCUAACCUUGCCAUGCCUGGAUAUUCUGAUCAGCGGUCGCCAAGCGAAGCAACCCCUAAAACGUUUACAAGCGGGCCCAGUCCUCCCAUUGGAAAUCCACGCAACAUUCAAUCAUCGCCAGUCAGUAUGGCCCUUCGACCUGGUAGACGCCCGUCUAGCGAAAAUGGCUCCAAAAUCCAUAACCCAGACUCAUCAGCGCUACAAGCGAACGGUCCCAGCUGGCGUGCGCCUCAGUUCCACCAGUCCCCUCGUGUGCCACCACCGCCCCCACCUGCUCCACUCGAUUUACCGCAAAACGGGCCAAUGCAGAGCCCGAACUCUUCAGGCGGCGAGCACCAUGGAUUUGUGACUAACGGUAGUGCUUACUGUCAAUACGGCAAUCACCCACAAUCAGGCUCUCCUACACAGUAUCGCUCAGACGGAGCCUCCGCCCAUAAACGAACUUACGAUCAAGCUGCAGAGUCUUCAUCUUCUGAGGAUGAUGAUGACUCUCCUAGACGCCAAGAGGACGACGUAAUGCCAAAACACAAAAGACGCCAACCUAAAGUUGCUGAAGCUUACAGGUAA